CACACACAAGCACCGCCUGCUGAUGGCCAACACCCACUUAUUCGUUAAAAGUCUCAGAAUGACUAGAGACAUAUCAAAGCUGUGUAUGACUGUGUGUUGCUUCUCUGAGAGAGAAAUGAAUGAACUCUUCAGUAUCCAUUAUUUAGGAGUCAGGUUUAUAAGGAUGUAUUGAUCUGUGGGCCGGCGCUGGCCUUGAAUUACAUAUUGAAUAUCUGCAAGUCAGCGCCAUCCACCCUGAGUGUGAAGGUUCCUGUCUGGUUACCGCUGCAGACAAAUGGGUCUAAAUCCUGAACACAGUGCCGGUGGCUGAGGUAUGGGCAGAGGUGGAGAGGGCCGAGUGCUUAGCCCGUGGCGCUGCCUUGAAGUGGGCCUCAGGUGUUUUCUGUCGGCCUGAACAUCUGGAGCGACUGAGCCAGUAUAAGAAGAGAGAGAGUCAGAGGACUGCUUCCAUACACACCAGGCUCAAGUCCAUGGUCCAGUCGUACCUGGAGGGGGUAGGCUGGGGUCUGGAGCAGCUCCAGGAGGCCCGGGCGGAGCUGAGGGAGGUGUCACACACUUUGAAGAAAGCAGGACUGGAAUCCAAUCAAAACGCCAAUGGGGUGAAGCCGCUGGAGAGGCUGAGAGAAGUGUCAGUCAACCACAGUCAGCUCCUCGCUGCUGUCAGCAACUUGCCACGUCUGUACUCAGUGCAUAGUCUGGUGUUAGAGACUGAGCGUCUGGUGGAAUCCCGGCGCCUCCUGGAGGCCCACGCCCGGCUGAUGGAUCUGGAGCGCUGGCAGGACGACAUCCUCUGGCAGCUCCACGGAGCUGCUGGGACGGCAGGAAGUGCAAUCAGCAAUGAAGACAAAGAGCUUGUGGCCAAAUAUUUCUGUGGUGUUGGGCGGCUUGUAGACGCCUUGGGUAAGGAGCUAUGGGCAGUGGUGAGCAGUGCUCUGGCUCUGGCCCGACAAAAUCCCACACCGUUUGUAUCGGCAGUGAGGAUAGUGGAGCGGGAGGAAGCCCUGGACCAAGCUCUGCUGGAGGACAGAGGGGGCACCAGGAGCAACAGCAGACCCCUGCCCCCUGGACGACCUCGCUGCUGGAGAGCAUGCUUCUUCCAGGUACUAGAGGAGGCGGUUUCUGCCCGGUUCCGUAGCGUGUCCUACCUCCACACGCGUGGCCCAGGUCUGGCAGGACACCUCGCCGCUCUCCAGCACGCUACCAUGGCUGACCUGGCCACUGUACGCCACCUGCUGGAGCACUGUGUGCCACCCCACUACCGUCUCACAGGAGCAUACCUGAGGGCCAGCCAUCGCUGUUUACAUGCUCACCUGGCACAGGUUAGCAGCUGGGACCUGGAGAGUGGUGAAAUCUUUGCCGUGCUUAACUGGGUGCUACACAUCUAUAACAGCCCUGACAUGAUUGGUCAUCCAGAGCUGGUGACUGAGAUGGAGAAAGAAGAGCUGGGACCUCUCAUCUCCAUCGAGGGCCUGGAGCGGCUGCAGGGCAAAUAUGUGCAGAGUGUUCGGAAGAGUGUGUCAGAGUGGAUGCACAAAGCUCUACAGGUGGAGCUGCAAGACUGGCAGAGAGACCAGGAGCCAGAUACAGACCAUGAAGGUUUCUACCAAACCAGCCUGCCUACCAUCAUCACACAGAUGCUGGAGGAGAAUGCCCGGGUGGCUUUUAUGAUCGGAGAAUCCCUUCGAGAUCAGACAAUACAGAUGGGACUGUAUGAGAUGGAGAACCUUUUGAACAGGUUUCGGGAAGCUCUGGUGGAAUUCGGGAAAGAACAUCGAAGGGCUCCGAGCAAUGACAAAAACAAGUUCUACCUCCACUACUUGCUGGCGUCUAUCAGCAACUGCAUCAUUCUCAAAAGGUCCACAGAGAGCCUGCAGCAGCAGCAGUCAUCACGCUCAGCGGGUCAGUUUUCUCGGACCCCUCCCAACCCGCUGGCAGCUCUGGACCGGGCGGUGAGACGAGCAUGUUGCCUGGUGAUGGAUCAGCUCCUUUUGGACCUCCAGCCUCUCCUUCCAGGAUUGCUGACCCGACCCUGGCUGGUCCAGGGAGACCCCACCCCCAAACUCUGCCAUGUCCUGGAACAUCACCUGGAGCUGUACGGCCGCGUUCGGCCGCCCUGCCGACAGCGUCUGCAGGAGGAGGCCCAGUGGCUGAUGGUGGUGGAGUACGUCAGGGCUCUGAUGCAGAAGAGGCUGGUGUGUCGCAACGCAGACGAGCGGAGGCAGCUUGCCCAGCAGAUGGUUCAGGAUGACCAGCUGUUCAGAGAAAUCCUCCACAGCCUGGAGGGCGAUGGGUCAGCACCUGAUGUGAACCCUUUAGCCUUACUACCCGUCCUUGCUGACUUCAUCCGACUCAAAGACACCGCCAUGCUCACUCUGGAAGUGUCAGGACUCGCAGCCAAAUAUCCUGACAUCAGUGAAGAGCAUGUGUCUGUACUGCUGGACAUCCGGGGGGAUGUGUCCAGGGACAUCAGAUGGGCUGUAUUGGACUUGCUGGAGCAGAGCGCCCCCCCUUUGCCGGCAGGAUAUCGGCCCAUCUUCACUGACAUCCUGGUGCCUCCCACGACCAUGGCCUUCUGUCUGCCCACUGCCAAGUGUGCAUGACUACAAUUGAAACUUUGGCCAGUACUCCAUAUUUCUCAUUCUAAUCAGGGUGGACCUGAUUCUCUGAUAGAUCAUCAAAAACCAGGUCCCCUUAGUUAGUUGAUAUACUAAAAAUGCAGAGGAGAAAAAUGCUUAUGAAUCUGUUCCUGCUAUAACUCAUGCUAUGUUGAUGGAUGGACAACCUGUAUUCAACCUAUAUUCUCAUUAUUUAUCCAGCGAUAAUUUAUUCAUUUUCAUUUCCUCCCCACCGCCUUGCUUGGCACUCAAGUGUAACGCACAUCAUUCGUAUAGGGAGCUGCUCAGGACACCCCUCACAGCGUUUGAUAGGAAUUCAUAUUCUUCGAGCUGGUCUUUGCUGGUCUAAUCGGUUCAUAUAUGUGAUGCAUCAUUAUAUCUCAUUUUGAGCCUCAGGGUCAUGCUUUAUGUAUUCAGACAGAGGGGCGUAAAAAAUUUAAUCAGAAUGAAAAAUUGCGCUAAUUUCUGGUAUAAUUUCACAGCAUCAUGUACAGUACAUAUGGAGAGGAAUGAAGCUCUUAAAGCGCACGGACGCUUUUUGGGGAAGAAAUUACGUUACAACGUACAGUAUUUAGUGAGGACUCUGGAUCUGUCUACCGGUCUACCUGAGGAACAUAUGCUGCUGAUUCAUUGCCUAUAAUGAUCCAUGUAAAAUAUAUAAAUAUGUUUUCAUUAAUCUCUCUCUUUUUGUACUUUUAUUUUCUCCAAAUUUACCAUGUACCAUGUUGUUUUUAUUGGAUGUUUUAAAUCAGAUUUUUUUUAAAGUAUUUAUUGUAUUUAUGUGAUGUGUUUCCACAGUGGUAUUUCGAAGGAUAUUUAGCUUUUAUGGUUUAAUGUCACAUUGUAAAUUAUUUUUAACAAAUGUCUAAAUAAAUGUACAUAAAUGUUGAAGUAAA